AUGCGCGUGCUGGCGAACCCGCUGGCAGGUGGCGGUGCCCAGCGGCCUGGAAAGCGCGUGCGGCGGCCGGUCGGAUGGCACAAGGCCGCAGGCGGCAGCCCUGAGCAGCGCCUAGUGCAGGCAGCAGCGGCAGGGGACUUGCGACAGGUGGUGGCGGCUCUAGACGAGGGCGGCGCCCAAAUCGACGCGCGCGACGCUCACUCGGGCCUGACGGCGCUGGCGGCGGCCAGCGCUGCUGGCGCGGCGCCGGUCGUCGUAGAGCUGCUGCGGCGCGGGGCGGACGCAUACGCAUACGCCGACGGCGGCGCGACGCCGAUGACGCUGGCGGCGAGGGGCGGCCACCUGGCAUGCCUGAGGCUCCUGAACGACGCCGGCGCCGACGCCUUUGCAAUGGCGGACGACGGCCGGACGCCGCUGUCGGAGGCCGCCGCCGCCGGCGCCGCCGACUGCAUCCUGUACCUGUCAGAGGGCUGUUUCGUCCCCAUCAGGGACGAGGUCGUAUCCGAGAGCAUCAGGACGGGGGAGCAUGCGCUGCAGCUGGCGGCGCGCAGCGGGCACGCUGGAGCGGUGGACGUGCUGCUGCGGCUGGGGGCCAGGGCAAACCGGGUGGACGCGUGCGGGAGGAGCGCGCUGUGGGAGGCGGCAAGGUAG